GGGAGCGGCAGUCACUCCAGAUAUGUUUGUACAAGGUAGCGUUUCCUACCGCGAGGCAUUAUAGGGGUUCUACCACGAGAAUGACAAGGACAAGUUUAUGCCACGGAACACCAUGGCAAAAACCCCCGCUGAAAAAGAACCCCUAUAACAUGACCCUGGAAAGCCGCAAUUACACGGUAAUGCUACUUCCUCGUCCUGAACUUUUAUACUCUCGACAGGUUAUUGCUGUGAUUCAGUCAUAGACUGAGGAUUGUACUUUCGCAAAACGUUUUGAAAAAAGGAAAAGUUCUAGUUGUGUAGGCACCAAUGCAGAGCAUCUCGAACUACUCCCCACGUCCGCGCAGCCCCCAGUAGCUAUGAGUUGCCGCUUUCGAUAAUCGGCAUUAGGAGCAUCGACAACAAGCGUAAGAUGCUGUAUGACUUGCCGCUCCGUUAAGUCUUGAUCCAUUAUCCACUGAUCGAUCCUCCUGUGGAUCGCCACUCUUCUCCACCUCUGGGGGAUUUCUGGUGAUGAUCAGCAUCCGGCUUGCCACGAACCCCUCUUUUACCCAUACCGUAGUUGUAAUCACCAGAAAUCACUCGUUUUGCGAAAAAAGGGCUCAAAAUCGGGGUGGAAGUGGAAGAUUUGGGGGAGAUGAGUAUGGUAUCGUAGAAUCACAGAAUGCGCAAUAGACCUGGAUUUCCGGAUGAAAGGUCCCCCCAUCUCAUGAGUGCUGUGAGUUGCGUGCGGUGGUAGGGUAUUUAUGUCAUCUCACGAAUACCACCAUCGAAGCAAUCCAACCCACCAGUCUCCGCACCUGACCUGGUUUUAGUCCUGGAAAUGGGUGAAUGCCCCACUAGCUUCAAGAAGCAACGUUGGUCCUCUAGGGGUAUCCGAAAAUUCCAAACCUGAAUGGUUGUCACGGCUUUUCUUCUUCCACGAUAGAAAAAAAAAGAAAUUGAAUCAUAUCCAAAAGGUGGAAACGUAUCCCACCCAUGUACCAUCGGUUGGGGGGGGGGGCUUGGGUUAAAGGGGCUGAUAAUCGGCGAGGUGUCGGCGAAGCCUGAUUGAUGGUUUCAGCUAGUGGCGGCCAUAUCGCAACUUAAUAGCACCUGUUUGCUGUUGGUGUCAUGGGCGGGAAUGGAGGGCUGGAGGACGUAUGGUGAAUUGGGUAAUGCUUAAGGUGUUUUGUUUUGACUUGUGAUAUCUCCAAUCUGCGAUGGAGACCAAAAAAUGUAGGGACCAGAGUGGACAAGAGAGUGAGGAUCCUACAUUCCAGGGCGGACAAAAUUUCAGAGUUCAGCUCUUCAAAAAGCCAUGGGAUUGCACUUGAGUAAUUAUGAAGACUGGUAUGCAGAAGGGGGCGAAGCAGUUUGCAGAGGUAUUUGAAGAGCUAAUCUAAUGUGAAGAGUUCCGAGUAUGAUACCUCGAACGGCAAUUCAAACCCACGCUCGGGGGACAACCUGAACCUCGGAAAUCCCACACGUGGCCCCUACAGUUCCUCACACGUAUACAGAGACCGCAUAAUAAGUUGCAAGCUCAGGAGCCAUUCCCCAGUGGCUGUCGCUGGCUGAAAGUCGAUCCCUAAGAAGGAGGUAAAGCAGGGUUGAUUUUGGGGUAGGCCGUGGUAUCGGAACAAGCGGUAGAAGGGGUGAAAGGAAAAAUGAGCGAGCAGGGGGGGUAUCGGUGGUUCUUGCACAAUAUUGGUGCUCUUUUGGGGGCGUUCUCCUUCGUAAAGACAGCUCUAAAACACACCAUAGCUACUAUUGCAAGUCGGAUAACACGACACAGGUACGUAUCCCGCAGACAGGUACGUAAGGCUAAGUGGCCGCAAAAGUGGCCCACCCACGCAAAGAGCAGACAGAGUAAGGAAGCAGCUUUCCUGGAGGGAUAUUUACCUUGCGAGUGAUGGAACAAGGCGGGCGAACACGCCUGCCAUUGCAUAUCGCUGAAAUCCAGUCCCUCUGCUUCGAUCCUAAAGUCGUGUAAUACAGGUAGUGAUCAACACCGUUCAAUGACGAGAAUGGAACUUAUUUUCAUGGUCUAACGCUUUAUCACCUCCGCCCCCCGGCACGCCAAAAAUGGGCCACUUUCCGACGCCGUGAUGCAGCCGGUAAUCUGGUCACCGCCAAAUAAAAUUCUUCCCAGCAACCACAUUCAGGCCUGUCAUACCCCGGGCCAUAUAUACCACCAUCCUGCCGUACAUAAUGCACAGCCUCCCCACUGCACGAUCCCUCUUCGAGAUGGCACGCGCAGCCGUUAGAGUCUACCAGGACGAGAGGAGUGGUGGGAGAGGGAAAUUUGAUACGAUUUGACGGAUGACUUGCCGGAUCACGGGCGUAAAUUUCUAAAUUUCCGAAUCUCUGACCCCAUUAGCAUGGUGUGUGCGUUUUUUUCCUCAGGGGUAUGAAUUCGGCCGAUGGUUACUCGACCCCAGGAGGCGGUGUUGGCUCGGGCAGUUUUUCAAGAGGAGCGGUCUCUCAAUGAAGAGAUGGACUGGAGAAAUUUAGAAGAUUCGUUCUCCAGGAAAGCUUUUGCGGGAGGUCAUCCAAUCCAUCCCCACCCCAGCGGCGGGUGUACCCGGCGGGUGUACCAGUCCCCAGACCCCGCAAAAAUAUGGCCAUCAAACCUUGGCGUACCGGUACUAUACUGGCGCUGCACAACAUCAUACAGUCAGCUGUGCAAUGUGCAGGCAUGGGGCCCGGGGUAAGCCUUUUGUACCGGCGGGACGCGCUGUCAUCCGGGUCAAGAAUAACGCCGGUAUAUAGAGUAUGAUAUAAUGAUCAAGAGCCCAGUAGAAUGCGAGAAACUCGGGUUUUCCUCAAAACGCUCUCUCGGUUCGCGAGGGGUGCUUGUGGUGAGAAAGCCCAACAGUUUUAGCCCACCGCUAGCACACGGUGCCCCACGUGAUAUGCGAAUGCACAGUUCGAUACUCGAGUACUGUGCUCCCUCACCCAAGGCACAGCCACGCAUAGCAACCCCGUACCGCACGGCAUUCCCUACAAUAGCGGUA